AAGCGUCACGGCGGGGGGGGGGGGGGUCCAGGCGCGCUACACGAAGGCGCCCUUUUAGGACCCGCGCCCCAGAAAGCAGGGGCUGGGGCCGCUCCACCCCCCCCGCCCCCGGGAGGACAGACGGGAGGGCGACACCGAGCCUGGGUGCUGGGGUGUGUGGCCGCCUUCGGAGCACGCGGUACGUGGGUCUCCGCGCCGCGGGAGGAGAAGCAAGUCGGCAAGAAAAGCAAUUGCUGGGGUGCCUUCUCUGAGAAAUUCCUUAGGGCGGUCUCAGAAACCGAGCUAGGUUCCGGAUAGUUUCUGGAAAAAGCUCUCCAAACGCCGUCUGUCCCCGCCCCUCAAAUCCUGCACCCCAGUCCUCACCCCUCCUUACUCUUCGGUCGCUUCCCUUUUGGGGGGCUGUUAAAUAAAGGGCCCCUGGGAGCUGCCCAAGUCACCCCUGAUGGCCCGGGGCGGCACGCGGGAACAGGCACCCUGGCCGCGGGGCUUUGCCCCCGCCCCAGGGCUCCCCAUUGCUCCCUUCCCCUCCCCGCGGACCCCUCCUGGCCGCGGCGGGCGGGAGCGGAGGGGGAGGGCGGCGUCACGGGGCGGGGAGCCCGAGGUCCAGGGCGGGGCGCCGGGGAAUCCCAGCCGAGCGAGCCCGGGAGGUGCGGGCGCGGGUGGGAAGAGGAGGGCGGCGCGGGGAGGGAGGUGAGCCGUGCGGAGCUGGGAGGCGAGGAGGGGGAACCGCGAGGAGGCCCCGCCCCCGCCUCGCGGAGCCGGCUCUCCGCCGCCUCCGAACCCGCUCACUUUGCCUCUCGCCUCUGGACGGCGGCGGGGCGGUUGCCGGAGCGGCGGCCAGAGGGAGCGCCGGGGACGGGGAGCCAUCCCGCACCCGCGCCUCCUCCCGGCGCCCGCGCCCCUCGGGGGGGGGGGCCGCGCCACCGUUUGAAAGGACACCCCGGCCUCACAGGGGGCAUCCCCGGGCGCUGACAGCCUCGUUCCCGGCCAGUGGGCGCGCAGCGUUGGCGCCUGAGGGGACUCCCCGGCCACCUGCAGGUGCCACCGCGCCGAGGGAGCGUCGCUAGCAGCAACGCUGGGCCGCCGAGGACGCUAGAGCCGAGGGGGGUCUCCGGGCCAGCGAAGGGCAGGAGCAGAGCCCGCAGCCAGAGCCGGCCCGCCAGCCCGCUGGCCCCGACGGCGCGCUCCCCCAUCGGCCAACGGCAGCCAGGCCCCGCGCGGCGGCCGGGGGUGGGGGGCGGCGGCGGCGGCGGCCUCGGGCCUCGGGGCUUCGGGGCGGCCAGCCAUGACCUUCGGGCGCAGCGGGGCGGCCUCGGUGGUGCUGAACGUGGGCGGCGCCCGGUACUCGCUGUCCCGGGAGCUGCUGAAGGACUUCCCGCUGCGCCGCGUGAGCCGGCUGCACGGCUGCCGCUCGGAGCGCGACGUGCUCGAGGUGUGCGACGACUACGACCGCGAGCGCAACGAGUACUUCUUCGACCGGCACUCGGAGGCCUUCGGCUUCAUCCUGCUCUACGUGCGCGGCCACGGCAAGCUGCGCUUCGCGCCGCGGAUGUGCGAGCUCUCCUUCUACAACGAGAUGAUCUACUGGGGCCUGGAGGGCGCGCACCUAGAGUACUGCUGCCAGCGCCGCCUCGACGACCGCAUGUCCGACACCUACACCUUCUACUCGGCCGAGGAGCCGGGCGCGCUGGGCCGCGACGAGGCGCGACCCGGCGGUGCCGAGGCGGCCCCCUCCAGGCGCUGGCUCGAGCGCAUGCGGCGGACCUUCGAGGAGCCUACGUCGUCGCUGGCCGCGCAGAUCCUGGCCACCGUGUCGGUCGUGUUCGUGAUCGUGUCCAUGGUGGUGCUGUGCGCCAGCACGCUGCCUGACUGGCGAGCCGCGGCGGCCGACAACCGCAGCCUGGAUGACCGGAGCAGGAUAAUUGAAGCUAUCUGCAUAGGUUGGUUCACUGCAGAGUGCAUCGUGAGGUUCAUCGUCUCCAAAAACAAGUGUGAGUUUGUCAAGAGACCCCUGAACAUCAUUGAUUUACUGGCAAUCACACCGUAUUACAUCUCCGUGUUAAUGACAGUGUUUACGGGCGAGAACUCUCAACUCCAGAGGGCUGGAGUCACCUUGAGGGUGCUUAGAAUGAUGAGGAUUUUUUGGGUGAUUAAGCUUGCCCGUCACUUCAUUGGUCUCCAGACACUUGGUUUGACUCUCAAACGAUGUUACCGAGAGAUGGUUAUGUUACUCGUCUUUAUUUGUGUUGCCAUGGCAAUCUUUAGUGCACUUUCUCAGCUUCUUGAACAUGGGUUGGACCUGGAAACAUCCAACAAGGACUUCGCCAGCAUCCCUGCUGCCUGCUGGUGGGUGAUUAUCUCUAUGACUACAGUUGGCUAUGGAGAUAUGUAUCCUAUCACCAUGCCUGGAAGAAUUCUUGGAGGAGUUUGUGUUGUCAGUGGGAUUGUUCUCUUGGCGUUACCUAUCACUUUUAUCUACCAUAGCUUCGUGCAGUGUUAUCAUGAGCUCAAGUUUAGAUCAGCUAGAUAUAGUAGAAGCCUCUCUGCUGAGUUCCUCAAUUAAUGCAUUGCAAAUCGAUUCUUAGGUACACUUUGAUAGAAAGAGUUGAUGCUACUUCCUAUUCAUCAUGCGUUUCUUGCUGGGUGAGCACGACAGUGGUACUGUCGUCAUGUUGGUAAAAAUGAUCCUUCCCAGCAAAAGGGAUGCACAAAUUUCCUUAUAGUGGAGUAAAUAGGAUUGACACUUCAAAGGAAAAGUAAUAACUCCUAGAAUAAAUUUUAGGAUCUUAUUUUAUUUAGGCUUGUCUCCUCCUUGCCUUGAACAAUUACACUUUUUGUGUUUGUCUUAAAGUAUAUUAUUUGAACAUUUUAAAACUGAAAGGUACUAUUUUCCAAAUGUUUUUCCAUCUUACGAAUUCAGAAGAAGCUUGGAAGUUACAGUGUUUUUUGUUGGAGAGUAACAUUUUCAUUUCUAAAUGUUUUAUAAUCUCUCAUAUCAAUGUCAGAAGUAUCCUGGAAACAUAUGUCACACGCAGGAACUGUUUAACAAAUACUUUAAAAAUUUGGCCAAAUUUUAAACUGUAUAAUGGAGCUAGAUAACAAGCAAGGAUAGUAUUUGAAAAACUUUUCCAGCAUAUUUCUCAAUUCCCUGAUUUAUUUUUGUUUCUAUUAUUCACCUUAUCAUACAGCUUCAUGGAAGCUUGAGCAUGUUUUCUUUUUUCCAUUUUGGUUUUCUUUUAUCUCUUUACUGAAAUGACUCAACAGACUAUUUCAGAAUGAGGAGAGCUUGUAUUAUUUAGCAUUUUAUUGGAGUUCAUUUUACUUGAAUUCAUUGCUGUUACUAGGUGAUAAUUGUCCUAACAUUCAGAUGUCCAAACAAGAAUAUUUCCAACAUAAAAAUGAUAAUAGAGAUAGUUUGAUAUUACAACCCAUAUUUAUCUUCUUCUGCUCUUAAUUUUUUUCCAUGGGUUUAGUAAGACUUACCAGAUGAAAGGAUGUUUAUGUAGCCUUUUUAUACCAAAGUCAUACUUAGAUGUUUCACUAGAUUAUCAUCAAAAGAGAAAUUAAAUAUUUCCUUACUCUUGGUUGCUAUGUAGCUAAGCCAAUUUUAAGCCAGCUAAAAACAAUGAAUAUAGGGGCGCCUGGGUGGCUCAGUCGUUGGGCGUCUGCCUUCGGCUCAGGUCAUGAUCCCAAGGUCCUGGGAUCAAGCCCCUCAUCGGGCUCCCUGCUCUGUGGGAAGCCUGCUUCUCCCUCUCCCACUCCCCCUGCUUGUGUUCCCUCUCUUGCUGUGUCGCUCUCUGUCAAAUAAAUAAAUAAAAAUCUUAAAAAAAAAAAAACCAACAAUGAAUAUAUAAUUGUUUGAUCUGAGCUUCACCAUUUUGAAUUGCAGCUACACCAAAACUUCUUAUAUCAAUAUUGAACAAUAUGCCACAUUAAUCUGGGUAGAUUAUUAGGACUAGAUAAUAUAAAACUGAUGACUAGUACUAAAUUUUAGCAAUAUGAAUUAAGAUUUUGCUUUGUUAACCAGUUGUCAUAAAGAAAUCGGUAGAUAAACACAAAAAAUUAAAGUUAUAGAUUCACAAAUAGUUUAAUGUUGUACACUGUAAUUUAAUGGGAGUGUAGAGGGUCGAUAGAGAAGGGAUGGGACCUGGAUAUAUUUAUUGAAGAACAGAAGUGUUCCUUUGAAGAAUAAUAGCCAUCAUCUAGUUCAGACCUCAGUUAGUACAGGUAGACAAUCAGGGUAAGAGAGGAUAUGACUGUGGAGGAAUUAGGGCCAAAACCUGGGUCACUAGAAACCUACCUACCUGGCCCAGCAGCUUUCUUUUCUUCCUUUUUUUUUUUUUUAAGAUUAUUUAUUUGAGGGCGCCUGGGUGGCUCAGUUGGUUGAGCGACUGCCUUCGGCUCAGGUCAUGAUCCUGGAGUCCCAGGAUCG